AUGUCUCUAAAACCUAUGAAAAAUUUGCUUGUCCUUUCAUUUGGAAUCCUUUUUUUGUACACUGCUUAUACUGGACUUAAGACAUUGCAAAGCAGUCUUAAUGAUGAUGAGGGCCUUGGUGUUGCAUCAUUGAGUGUUAUGUAUGGUGCUCUAACCAUUUCAUCAAUGUUCCUGCCAGCAAUUCUUAUGAAAAAACUAGGCUGCAAAUGGACCAUUGUAGCGUCAAUGUUCUUCUACAUUUCCUUUACUCUAGGAAACUUCUAUCCAAGCUGGCCAACUCUGAUUACAACAUCCAUACUGCUUGGAAUAGGUGGAGCGCCUCUGUGGGCGGCAAAGAGUGCCUAUAUUACAUCACUUGGAAGCCAAUAUGCAGAAAUUGUUGGAAAAGCUACAAAAGAUGUUGUCAAUCAUUAUUUUGGAAUCUUCUUUUUCAUUUGUCAUACUUGUCGUAUAUGGGGGAAUCUAAUAUCAGCUUUAAUAUUUAACUUGUCACCAAAUGCAGGAGAAUCGCUGGGUGCAUUGAAUCAAACAACCUGUGGAGCAGGAUUCUGUCCAAUCCAAUCCCUCGCUGCAGAAAAUAUAACAGGGCCUAGCCUCUCAAAUACUGUGCUUUAUACUCUUCUUGGGUGUUAUACAGGUUGCGGCGUAAUUGCUGUCCUCUUAAUCGCUAUAUUUCUGGAUACAAUCAAAACAAAGGAGGAGACUGAACAGGAGAAAACGCAGACAAUAUGCUCAAUGUUUUUUGAAACCUUUAAGCACCUAAAAGAUAAACGCCAAUGUUUGCUGAUUCCUCUUACGCUGUUUAGCGGUUUAGAACAAGGUUUCAUAACAGGGGACUUUACUCGGGACUAUGUGACCUGCGCUAUUGGUAUUCGAAUGGUUGGCUUUGUGAUCAUCAGUUUUGGAGUUACUAAUGCUAUCUUUCCUGUAGUAUUUGGAAAGCUGUCCCAAUAUACUGGAAGAAUCUCUAUUGUUUUGUCAGGAGCCUUCGUGCAAAUUGCUUGUAUCAUUGCCCUUUUAUUGUGGAAGCCUCAUUCUGGACAGAUAGCUGUGUUUUUUGUCAUUUCCGGAAUAUGGGGAAUUGCAGAUGCUAUCUGGCAAACACAGAUCAGCUCUCUGUAUGGGAUUUUGUUUGAGAAAAACAAGGAGGCUGCCUUUGCAAAUGUUUGUCUUUGGGAAUCAAUUGGAUUUGUUAUUGCAUUUGGAUAUAGCACAUUUUUAUGUGUGUCUGUGAAACUUUACAUACUUUUAUCUGUGAUUGUUAUUGCCAUCAUUCUCUAUGCUGUUGUUGAAUACAUAGAGUACCAGAAACCAUCUACUGUUGUAGAGAAGGAGCCAAAUGAAAAUUCAUCCCCAAUACCAGUGGCAGCAUAG